AUGAACAUAUUAUAUUACAGGUACUUCAUAAUAAUUGAUGAUAUACGGAGAACAUCAGUUUGGGAUAUUAUUAGCCGUGCUCUUCCUGAUGAUCACUGUGGCAGCAGAAUAAUAAUAACCACAGAAAGUGAGCAUGUAGCAUCGGCAUGCUCUGCUUAUGAUUUAGGGUCUAGUACUUUUAAGAUGGAUGCUCUUAAUGGUUGCACAGAUACUAUUACUUCGGAAGAGAAGAACGAAGAUAUAAACCUUAGAUACAAUAAUCUUCCGCUUCAUUUGAAGACAUGUUUGCUCUAUCUUAGUAUGUAUCCAGAGGGAUGGACGAUUAUGAAGAAUGGUGUAAUAAAACAAUGGGUAGCUGAAGGUUUCAUCGCUGCACUAGAAAGGCAAGAUACAGAGGAAAUUUCUGAGAUUCCACAAAAUAAAACAGAGAAAAUGGCAGAGGUUGCUCAAGAUAAAAGAGAUGACACUUCAGAGAUUCUUCAAGAUAAAGGAGAGGAAGUUGCACAGGUCCCUCAAGACCAGAGAGAGAACAUAUCAGAAAUUCUUCAAGAUCAAGCAGAGGAAAUUGUACAGGUUAAUCAAGACCAAAAAGAGGAAAUUGCACGUGUUUAUUUCGAUGAGCUUGUCACUAGAGGAAUGAUUCAACCUGUAGACAUAAAUCAUAAAGGCGAGUUAUUGUCAUGUACAGUUCACCAUAUGGUAUUGGAUCUUAUUUGGAACAAAUCCAAGGAGGACAAUUUCAUUGUUGUUGUGGACAAUCUUGAAUCAACUCUUGGACACCCUGACAUUGUUCGUCGACUGUCUGUCCAGUUUGGAUGUGAAAAAGCUGCAAGCAUACCUGAAAGCAUCAUAUUGUCCCAAGUUCGGUCACUUGCAUUCUAUGGAUUCCUGGAAUGUGUGCCCUCUAUUGCGGAUUAUGCGCUUCUUCGAGUUCUUAUUCUGAAUAUUUGGGCUGAUGAAGACAUGAUUUUUUAUCUCACUGGAAUUAGUGAGCUGUAUCAUUUGACAUAUCUUAAGAUCGAAUGUAAUAUCACCGUCAGACUUCCAUCUAAGAUUCAAAGGUUGAAACAAUUAGGUACACUGGAAUUACAUGCAGAAUUAGUUGCUAUUCCAUCUGAUAUUGGUCAUCUGAAGAAACUAAUGCACGUCUGCUGUCCAAGCAACGCUGAUGUCAGGGAGCUUGGCAAUCUGACAAGUCUGCUGGAUCUUCAGCUCAAUUGUACGACAAUUGAAAAUCUGGAAGAGCACAUGAAGUUACUGCGCUCAACUCUGGAGAAACUAAGGAGUUUAAGAAGUCUAGCUCUGGUUCCUGCCUCAGGAUCAUGUAAUGUAAAUAAUCUGCCUGCUAACUCUUCAAGAAUGUGCAUGUCCUGUGACAGCUUGUGCAUCCUGGCCCAUGUCCCAGCAUAUCUUCAGAGGCUCGAGUUGUCGUGUUGCUGUUGCAUAUUCUCCAGACCCCCCAAGUGGGUUGGGGAACUUCAUCAACUAUGCAUUCUUAAAAUUGCAGUUAGGGAACUGUAUAGGGAAGAUAUUGAUAUCCUGAAAGGAUUACCUGCCCUCACUACUCUCUCGUUGCAUGUCCAGCCAAUGUUUGCAGAAAGAAUUGUCUUUGGAAAGGAAGGAUUCUCAGUCCUUAAAUACUUCAAGUUCACGUGCACUCCUUGGCUGAUAUUUAAAGCGGGUGCAAUGCCUAAUCUCCAGAAGCUCAAGCUAUGUUUCAAUUCCCCGAUAGUGGAUGAACAAGGGACUACACGGACCAUCAUCAUUGAGCGCUUAUUAGGUCUUAAAGAGAUCUCUGCAAUAAUUGGUUCUGCGGGCGUUGAUAUAGGGUCUGCCUGGCGGAAGGCCAUUAGAAACGAUCCAAGAAAUCCUAAGGUGCAAUUGGUCGAUUCGAUUUAUUAUGGUGACCAAGGUAGAGGAAUGGUGACACGUGACUCAGGGGAAGAUGACAACAACGAAGCUGAUUUAAGGAUUCAUAUGCAGCCGGAGUCCUCGGGUCUACCUAUUACUGUACGCUGCAAGGAAGAAGAACCAGAAGAUCGAACCUUUAUAUCAGAAAUAAUCAGCAUUCUGAAUGAAUCUGAAUGCUCGGAUGAACAUGCUGGCCAGAUUUUUACGGAAAGUUGCCGGGAACUAAUUAGGAGGAUUCAAGAAGAUACUUCAAAACAGUUCAAAGAUGAGUUUGCCAAAGAACUCGAAAAUAUGGAAUUAACUGAUGACGUUGUAAACUAUGGUGAUUACAAAGUGGAGGCAUGCGUAGAGCAAUUCACAAACUUGUGUGAAGAAUUGAAGGUAUUUGAUCUGGAGUAUUUUUACAGCAGCUGUGGAGAACUCCAAAAACAGUUGACUGAGCAUAUUGUUUUUCAUAUUUUAACAUUGGAGGAGGAACGUGCAAGAAAAGCAUUAGAAGAACAGCAGGUAAAGUCUGACCAGUACAUAGAAGAACUAACUAGGAAGCUUGAACAAAAUAAGAGCAUCAAGGAGGAGAUGGAAGGCAGAGUGCGGAUCCUUGAACCGGAAAAAAGUAACAGAGAGAAAGAUGCUGAACAAAGGGAGAAAGAGGAGUUUGAACACUUACUACAGAGGUUUCGAACCAAUCAGCUAGAAAGAGGCCGCUUCAAAACACUGAAGCUCAUGCCUCCGUCUGUCGGUCUGGUCUUGCUGCGGCGGCUCCGGUCCUUUGUCUCCGCCUUCUCCCCCACAUCCUCGGUCGUCCACCUCGGAAAACCGCUGGACUCGUCCAUCAUCUGCGGUGGAACAGAGGAGGCCGGGACGUCAUCGAGGAGAAGGACGAGGUCGCCUUUGGCGCCGCUUGCAGUCGCACCUUCGGAUCCAACAACACCGCCGAAACAAGAGAAAGACGAGGAGGCCGAGAACACGAUGAGCUUUGAUGACGUGAACGCGCUGGUCCUGGCUGAACGGCAGCGGCCCCAGCAGACGCAGGAAGAAGUGGCCAGGUCGGAGGUGGACGCCAGGGCGGAGGAGUUCAUCCCGGGGUUCCAGGAGGAUCUCAGGCAGCAGCGACUCCAUCUUCAGCUACACCCAGAUGCUCAAGCGCCGCCGCGCUAGACACGAAUCAGGCAACCACUGAUUCCGUCGUUCCAUCCUCACGUGAUCGUUGAGUUGCUGACUUGCUGUCAUGCACGUGAUGAGCACGUCGCCGCUCGCUCACCGCCAGCAUACAAAUACAUCAGAUCAAUUACAACAGAAACGUGUAGUGUAAACGUGUGCAGUGCAUGCCGUAUCUCAUAUAGCGCUAAACCUGGUCCUCCUAAUGACUAGCUACGACA